CCGCCGGCCCCCUCCAUCCCGCGGCGCGGCGGCUGCAGCAGGCCGCCCAGCAUGCCGCCCUCCGGCGCCACACGCCCACCCAGCAACUAGAAGCCAUUCAAGUCCAAGUAAAAGACAACCAGGUGAAAGAAAAAGAAAGGCCUAUGCCCCCUCUUGCGGCAAUCCAGCCUAAAACGAUAACAUUGAAUCAGCCAUUACAUCGGAAUCCCAAUCCGUCAGGACUCCGCGUUAUUAACCCUCAGAUUCUUAAGAUAGAGCCAAUUUCGGGGACUGGGCAGCAACAGUAUUUAUUAAAUAGCUCGGCUAACCCUUCCCUUCAGCUUCUUGUGCAGAAGCCCCUGCCCCCUCUUGGACCAGUUUCUGUGAAGAAGAUCGCGGCACCCAAGUUCCUUAAUGGUCAAAGAAUCGUGUUGGCUCCUGUGUCUCCUGCGGCUACCCCUGUUAUUCCAUCAGUUUUAUCCAGUUCAGCAGAUUCACUUGUUCCUAACCUGGAAAAAAACCACACCGAGAAGCUCAAGAAGUCUCUAAAAGUGAAAACUCGUUCGGGGAGAAUCUCCCGGCCUCCAAAAUAUAAAGCCAGGGAUUACAAAUUCAUCAAAACUGAAGAUCUGGCCGACGGGCACCCGUCAGAUUCUGAUGACUAUUCAGAACUAAGCGUGGAAGACGAAGAGGACAGAAGGGACAGGGAAAAGGAUGCCUUGUUUAGCUCUUCUGGAUGUUACCUGAGGCCCAAAGCCUUUAAGUGUCAACUUUGUGAAAAGUCAUACAUCGGGAAAGGAGGACUGGCCCGCCAUUAUAAACUCAAUCCGAGCCACGGGCAGCUGGAAGCCUUGUUGCCCAGAGUGUUCCCUUCAGAUAAACCUAACGGAAUCCUCGAGCAGGAGAGCUCAGAGGGAAUGGGAGUCAAUAGCAAAAUGCUUGCCGAAUCCCCUCCGAUUUCAGCUGUUGCCAGAAUUGAAGGUCCACACCCCGGCUGCGCAACGGAGCCAGAUCCCACCCCGAAUGGGCCACAGAUGAGCAGAUCUGCAGAUGUUGGAUUGUUAUUGGAGGCGGGUCAGGAAAAUGGAAGCCUUGUGACUCGGUCAGGAAAACCCAGAGGAGCUAAAAGGCGUGGGCGGCAAAGUAUCCCUAGGAAGCCAAGGUGCUCAGGCUUCCGACCGAAUUCUCUUCCUGACACGUCGGCAGAACAGACCGUAGUGAAGAGGAAGGCAAGACUCAAGGAGGUUGAAAGACAUCAUUCAACCAAGCCAUUUUUCGCAGAUGUGUAUAAAGAAUUUGAAGAGUUGCACAAAAUGAUUAAGAAACUGUGUCAAGACCACUUCAGUAAUUCUAUCGUGGGUUUUCAGAAGCCCCUGGAAAUAAUCAAUAAUGAGGUUGCUGAUUCCCUAGGAAUUACAGAAGAACUUCUGAGAAAGCAAAAGGCACAGAUGGAAGGCACAUCAGUUCACACAUCAGCUGAAGAAGGGUCUGCAGAAAGUGGCCAGCAAAAGCGAGGAAAUGAGACGCCAGAGGAAACGGUGACCCCUGCGAAGAGAAUACGAGUUGAUCAGCACCAGACCGGAGGUCACAUUAGUCAUAAUGGACCAACAGAGACAAGUCUACAACUGUCCUCACCUGUUGUAAAUGAGGGUUUCAGCCAGCUACCUGGGAGAACGCCUCAGUCUUCCGAAGAACCUUGUGGUGGGAGGCUUCCUGAUGUUGGAAGAACGACGUUACAGACUACGCAGCAAAUUUCAGUUUUGGCCGACUUAGAAGCUGGAAGGGAUUCUGCAGGUUCUGGGAACCUCUUUGAAGCUGGUCCAGGGACCCUUAAUUAUGCUCAGGUAGGAAGUCCAGGCCCCGUGGCCCAUGAACAGACGUUGGAACUACUAGAAGAAAUAGUUCCAGCACACUCCCCAGACCAGAACGCAUCAGGCCGACUCACCGCUUCCGACGCCUCUGGCGUCGAAACAGCAGGCGGGCUGGCGGAUCUUCUAAAAAGCGACAUCUCGAGGAACGAGGAGGUCCGCGAUGAGAAUGAGAGCCAGGAGCACCGGGUUAACCGUGAACAUCCUGAUCAGUGUAAGGUGGCGAACGUGGUUGAUCAGGCCCAGCAGCUUGAAAAGGUUUUAUCGGGGAACCUGGUGCCACUAGACCAUUCGUACAGGACUCUCUCGGAACCGCAGCACGCUCCCGGGGCGGAAGGGUUGGGCCCACCUCAGGGGCACCUCGAUUCUCCCGACAAAACCUUGAACCAGUUUCCCUGUGGGAUUGAGGAACGAGGUGGGCUGGAGAGCAUCGUUGCUGUGGGGGAAACCGUGGCAUUUGAAAUUACCGGUGAGAGCCAUGAAUUGUUGUCUCGGGAACAUGAACGGAUCUUUAUUCAAACUUCAGAUGGGCUCCUUCUGUCCCAUCCGGGUACAGUCGUGUCUCAGACGGACGGUAUCGUCAUCGUCACCCAAGCCGACGGUACUACGAUGCACAUCCAGACGCCAGGUGGAGUUCCUUUAGAAACGGUGGAGGCAUUACUGGCGAUGGAGGCCAACAAUCAGGGUCAAGGCAUUUUGAUCUCCCACAGUGCAGUGGAACCAGGCACAUAGAGUACUGUAGAUUUAUCUGGAGAUGGUGAUCUAUUUCAAGUAAUGUAUAUUUUUCUAAUAUGGGUACUGAAAGAGGAAUCUUUUAACUUAUUUGUAAAGAAGAACUCAUUUCUAUGAUAUGUACUACUUUUAUAUCUUGUAUCCAUUAAUGGCAGUAAUAUUACAACCAGAAUCGGUGAGGACUUCCACUGUGCGUCCUCCAUUUUAAAAUCAAAAGCUUCUGCUGAGUUGCCGUGAACAGUAUUGCACUCUUCCUUGAUACCACUGACUCCCCACUCCUCACCUCCGCCUCGACCACCAACCCCGGCUAGUUUACUGCAUUUUGACAGUUGUUCGGCCUGUACCGGAAGCGUCUUUUGAGAGUAAAAGAAAAAAAAAACAAGUUAGGUAUUUCCCUAUUGGUUCUUGUGAGGUGUUCGAGGGGAAAGUAGGUGGAACUGAUACAGAAUUCAGAUGAGGAUUGAGACAUUGAUGUUUCAAGCUACUUUUCUUUUUAAUGGUAUUUGUCAAGCACCUACUAUGUGCCAGGCAUUGAACUAAGUUACUUGUCCAAGAUCACUGAAUCAAAACUGAACUAGACCCCCAGAUUUUUAAGUACUGUCCCCUGCCAGGGCCUUAGUAAGCAGCGCAAAACACUCAGUUUUUUGUAGCAGGCGAAGUUAACCAUUUCUCUGAUUUCUGGGCUUUUCAUAAUGGAUUAGAGAUGGGGAAAGAUAAGCAUUACUGCCCAUGAAAUUUUAGCUCAAUGAAGGCAGGGGCUACGUUUUUGAGGUGGCGUAGUUUAUCCCUGGAAAGCCUAUUCAUUUUUCAUGAGCACAUGGAAAAUCUGUGCUUUUAAAAAUGAGGCAUCUGUUGCCAGAAAGAUGGCAAGGAGAUAAACAUUGGCUUGUGUCUGAUCUUUGGAUGGAAUUCAGUAACAGGGAGUUAGGAGAGGAGGCACUGUGAUCGUCUUCAAAGACUAUUUUCUCAGUUGGGCAGGGUGGAGUACAGAAGCAAAAUUCAAAGUGACCCUAAUAAUUAGAGAAAGAGUCCUACAACAGCAAGAUAAAAUUCAGAAGGAAAUAGGGCAAGGUUAAUAUCUAAAGGAGCCAAAAGGCAAGCACCAUGAAUACGGGAUAGGGAGAAGAGGUUAUCACAAGGGUAGUAGAAAACGGUAGCUAAUCAUCAGCUGAAUGAGGUAACACCUUAAGGCCACAUUAAAGAAGCCAACAAGAUCCUGAAAUUUAUUAAUAAAAUAAUAUACCGUGUAA